AUGUCCACCACUUUCUACUCUCCCUCGCGCCCCGCUCCCGCUCCACCUUGCUCCUCUCGGCCGUACAACGAGCUCCCUGCGGACCACCCUUUCCUCAACCCAUACACUCCCAGGCAGCUGCCUCGCUCUACCUCUUGCUCCAGCCUCGACUCGGUCUAUACCCAGUACACCAUUCAAACCCCGCCGAUCUUUGCCCCCCUUCACGUCAAACGGGCAUACACCACCUCUCCCGCAUCCGGCUACUACCCAGACUCCCUCUCUCGCAGCGCCCACUCUCCCUCGACAUGGGUAGCAUCUCCCACUCCUGUCCGCAGCACCCGUCUUGCCCACUCACACCACAUCCCGCGCCCCUCCAAGCCCUUCAAUCAAUCUCCCACCCGGUCCUUCAUCCCCCUCCCCACCGAGCUCUCCAUCCUGGACGCACGGCCUCGAGGCAAUCUCCUUGCCGACCUCGAGUUCAUCGCUGGCAAGAAACUCCACUUCCCCUUCCUCCAAUGGCGUAGGGCAUCUCAGGAGGAUAAGGAGGUCAAGAAGGCGGGCAAGAAGGAGAAGCGGGGCUCGGCGGGCGGGAAGAGCGAGAAGACCAGCAGCCCGGCGCGUUUGACCAAGGAGAGGCGGAAGAGCGAGGAGGAGGAGUAUCUUUUCGAGGUGGGGAUGAUGCGCAAGGGUCGGGCGGGGAGAGGGGUUAGGGAGGGGAACUGGGUUUGA